AUGGCUCAACUUCUCACGCCAAGCUCCUCCUUCCGCUCAGAUAAUUUCAUCGACCUCACCGCCGCCGACAAAGGCGACCUGACGACCGUUUACGACGAUGACAUAAUCGCCAAGAACCGCAUGACUAUCCUCGAGCUUGAGGAGAAAUACAUCCUAACUCCUGGCAUCGUCACGAUCGCGCCUUCUGGUGAGCUCAAGGUCGACCUCUCGCACGAAGAGCCCGACCAGGGCACGAUGGCGGGAUUGUACCCGACCCUGCCGCCGCCCGAGGAACUCAAGCACCAGAUCCCCUCAUGGCUACGCGACUACCUCCUCAAGGAGCUCAACCUCUUUGGGCACGGCCCACCUUUCGCCUGUGGAUCUCUCUACGACCAGAUGCAGCACAGCAAAGAGAUGGACAUGGAGGGAAACAACCUGUCGGUCAGAUCGACUGUGAUCAUGAUGUCCGGCGCGAUUGUGAGCCUGCGCGACUCGAUCGUCGUUCUUCGCGACUUCUGCUCGAGCGGCGAGGCCCUCUAUGAGGAAAUUUACACGAUGGAGUUUGGCAUUGUUGAGAGCGUCGUCAGGAAGCUCGCUGGCUGCGACGCGACCAAGAGUAUCAAGGAGAAACUGCUGGCUUCUGCACCUAGGAAUUACGACAAGGAAUCCUCGCCUUCAAAGCGGCGCAAGGUUUCCGAGGGAAGGCUGGUGGAGAUCGCUCACGAUAGCAGCGCUGCGUCGAAGGAGCUGCCAGCCGACAUUGGGCUCCUGAUUGACCUGGGGUCGCAGGGGAUGGCGAUGAAAAGCGCCCUCGACAGCUCGCUGGAGGAUCUUGUCAUCACACCGGUGUCUCGUCUGGUUGAAAAGCUUGAGGUCAUCCACAAGGGCCUGUGCAAGCAGGAGGAGGAGCACAUGAAGGCGGAGGCCCAUGUUGCUCAAGGUGACCAUUCUUCGGAUUCGGGCGUCUCGGCGUGCUCACCUUGA